AUGGCGAUAUGGCCAUUUGGCCGCAAGAACAAGCGGCAUACCAUCCAAGUCGAUGGUGCCGAAGCCGCAGAUCUCCAGUCGACGUUUGCUGAAGAGCCUACAUUAGGCCGCAAACCUUCCCGUCAUUCCAAACGCCCGAGCAACCGCACGUCAGCGGGUGAGGCCGCAGACAGCCGGCGCAGCUCUGCGCUCGUGCAGUCGAAUCGACCUAUCUCAUCCCUGGACCGCCCUGCCUCCCUCGCCGAUCACACGAUGUCUCGCGAACAUCCACCCUCUCGGGCCGCGUCAUUACUCAAGCGCAAACCGAGUCAAAAUGGUCCGAAUAAACUUCGUCGGAGGCUCAGCAAGCGCAAGGCCCAUGAGAUCAUGCGGGAGCGGGAGAUUCGCAUGUUGUCGUCUACCCCGAUCGACAUCCCUCCCCAUUCAACCGACUAUGGACUGGAACACCGCCGGCGAAAGGCAAACGGAAGACGUGCCGACCGGUAUAUGUCUGACAUCAGCCUCUCGAUCCGGGACUCCGCUACCUCAUCCACGUCUGACAUUUCUGACCCUUACACGUACAAGGUCAAUGCCUUUGCCGCCCUGACUCCUCGCCCUGUUGUUCGCUAUGUGGAAGCCCCGCGUCUGCAGACCGCUCGAAGCAGUAACCCCCCGGCGUCCAGUCGACAGGAUAGGGAGCGUCUCAAGGCGAUGACUAUGUCUGAGGAGGAUCUUUACUACUCGAAGCGACGCGUCAACGAACUCGCUGAUUCAUUAGAUGCCGGUGCUCUCCGCGAAUUACUCGACCGAGACCGUCGUCGUCGGGAAAAGAAGCAGAUGGACGACCAGGAGAAGCUUAGGCGUAAGCUGCAGGAAAGAGCCGAUGCACAACAAGCAGCCGAUGAGCAAAAGGCCUCACAACCUGAACCGCAGCCUGAAACACAGCCCGAACCCGAAUUACAACCCGAACCUGAACACACCCAACCACCUGUCGCCGAACCCCGGCCGACCCAUGAGGUUAUUCUCGAAGAAAUGCAGGAGGAUACCCAGGAGGACGCACCGGUCGAACGCACUGCUACGGAAACUGGGUCAUGGUUACGGGGAGCUUCCAGGACCAGCAUUUACACUGGACGCGACUCGCUGGACUCACGGGUUGUUGGAAACAUGGACGAUGGUUCUGUGCGGGAACACAGAUUGAUCCAGCGCCCCAGCUUUGCGCCGUCACACGAUAUCACAAUGUCCCGAACUACUCUCUCGCCUUCCCACUCGUCUCUCCGGCAAGGGCUCAGUAGCCCAAGUCACUCCCAAACCUUUGGAGCCGGUUCCACAUCGGACAUCUCCAAGGGCGUUGACUCAGAACGCCGACUCUCUGACACCAGCGGUCGCCGGGGUAAUGCAAUCACCUCCCUGUUCCGACGUGGUUCCUCCCGUAUCAAACGACGAUACAAAGAACGCUUCCAGGACGCUUCUCCAGAAGAGUCCAACACCUCCCAUGAAUCUUUCUACAAAAUCCAAACGCAAUCAUCACCCCCUCCGCCCUCGAUUAUCCCCCCCAGACUUCUCGUUCCCACCAACCCUAUCAAGCGUUCCCAAUCCAAGUUCACUGAACACUUUGGCGACGAGCCUCUGUCACCUCCGGAUUCACGUCUGCAGUCGCCAGAUAUUCCUGAAGAAGUGUCGGAGACUAUUGACAAUGAAGAGCCAGCUUUGCGGGGUCCGACGCCCAGCGCCGCUGUUGACAUUCAAAAUCCGAAGCGACGUCACCACCGGUCAUGGACUGCGGAAAGCUUUGAUGCCGAGUCCGACAAUGUGCCUCUAUCACAAUCUCUUGCCUCUAUCGAUUCUGAAGGAUCUUGGAUGUCAGGCCAGUUCUUUAAGCGGAUGUCGCAAAAGCCCAGUAGUCCUGUCCGGACCAACCUGAACUCGUUUGGGCCAACUGAAGAGGAUGGCCCGGAAGAUGGCCUCGAAGCCGAUUCAAUUGACGAGUCUCGCCGUCCCAGCAGCAAUGUUCUGGGCGAAACAAACUAUCAAAAUGAAACAACACCGGAAGCCAGCAACCUUGCCGAAACCUGGCACAACGAAGUUGGCCGUCGUCCAGUUCUUGUGAACCCUGCAGUCCGGCCCAAGUCCACCCAAGGAAUGCUCCGAGGUAUUCCCUCUCUUUCACCAAUCUCGGCGGAAGAAGACUAUGUCAUGGAAGAGACAUCCCCUACUGAACUGCAAAGAGUCCCCAGCGCCAAAGCUGAGAUUGGAUAUGCAGAGUAG